UUCCCUAAAUCAAGGCCAUGACUGCCCUGGAUUCUUUUACACUUCACAUCAGAUUGGCAGCUGACAUGCUUUGAGAGCUCGGAAAAUUCAACACGUUGUCAUUUGCUCAACAUGUCUAACACUGGCGACAAUUACGGGCAGUACACAGUGGGGUGGAUCUGCGCCAUCACUACCGAGUAUGUAGCGGCGCUCCAGUUCCUUGACAAGCAGCAUGGACAGCCGGAAUACUUGCCUCCGAACGAUGAGAACGAUUACACGUUGGGCGAAAUUGGGAAACACCAUGUCGUCGUCGCCGUCCUACCCGAGGGGUGCUAUGGCAUAGCUUCGGCGGCAAAGGUUGCAAGAGAUAUGAUGCACAGCUUUCCCAACUUGAGAAUCGGUUUGAUGGUGGGGAUAGGGGGCGGUGUGCCUAAUAAGAAACAUGAUAUACGCUUGGGCGACAUCGUGGUCAGCACCCCCCGCGAUGGGCACGGAGGUGUAUUCCAGUACGCCUUUGGCAAGUCUAUCCAAGACCAGCAAUUCCAGCCCACGGGCUUCUUGAAUGAGCCACCAGGUACCUUGCUAGCAGCGGUGGGCGGCCUCAAGGCGCAAUACAAGAGCGACGGUCAUGGACUGGACGAAGCAAUUAAGGCCAUACUCGACAAGAAGCCUCGACUCCGAAAGGAGUUUUCACGACCUCAUCCAAGCAACGACAGACUGUAUAAGCCUACGGUUGCCCACUCCAACGACGAGGCCGGAGCAAGCUGCGCAGACGUCUGUGGCAACGACCCGUCACGUUUACAGGAGCGACGCGAACGUGAAGAGUAUGAGGAUAAUCCGGCCAUCUUCUAUGGCCUGAUUGCUUCUGCCGAUCGGGUGAUGAAAGACGCCUUGAUUCGAGACCGGUUGACGGCCGAGAAAGACGUGCUAUGCUUCGAGAUGGAGGCGGCAGGCCUUAUGAAUCACUUCCCCUGCCUGGUGAUUCGCGGCAUUUGCGACUACGCGGACUCCCACAAGAACAAGGAGUGGCAGGGCUAUGCCGCCAUGGCGGCGUCGGCAUACGCCAGGGACCUUCUCUAUCGAAUCCCCGCCAACCGAUUGCAGAACGAAAGGAGGAUGGGCGAAAUCCUCUCGGAGUUGGAGAAGAAAGUCACGGUCAUGUCGGAUUUCGUCCGCGGACGGGAGCACGAUGACAUUCUCGACUGGCUCAGCCAGACCGACUACGGCCCCAAGCACGCCGACGUCCUGCGUAGAUGGGAAUCGGGGACUGGACAAUGGUUCCUGAACUCCCCGGAGUUCCUUGAGUGGCAAAAGGGAGACAAUAAGACGCUCUUGUGCCAUGGCUUUCCUGGAGCUGGGAAGACCACCAUCGCGGCCUUGGUCAUCGAAUGCCUUAGGACAACCUACCCGAAACCCCCAACAGAGAACGGCAAACAGAAAGACGAGAAAAUCGGCGUUGCGUUUAUGUAUUGUGAUUCGCAAAUGGAUAACCAGCCUCCGCAGGCCGUCCUGGCGACUCUGGUCAAACAGCUGGUCCAGCAGCUGGCUUCGAUCCCCGAGAUCGUAAAACGAUUCUAUGAGGACAACAAAAGCAGAGCUUCAUCUUCUCUCAGUACCAGCUCUUUCUUUGUAAUACUGCAAUCGGUGAUUUCAUCUUUCGCUCGGGUCUUCGUCGUCAUUGAUGCUCUCGACGAGUGCCAAAGUCGGAGCGAAAUCCUUGACAGUAUGGCGCGUGUUCAAUCCGAGGUUGGAGUAUAUCUCUUUGCGACAACAAGGCCCGAGAAGAACAUUCAUGAUGAAAUGAAGGACCUCUUUCGGAUUCACACGUUAUUUGAGAUUAGCGCCAGUGACCACGACGUGGAGAGAUACAUUGAUAAUCAUCUGUCAAGCCUUCCGCUGUUACGCAAUAAGAACCAGGAUCUGUCAAGCGAAGCCACGACCAAUAUCAUCGGGAAAAUCAAGAGCAAAAUCAUCCAAGCCGCAAAUGGAGUGUUUCUACUCGCCCGAUUUCAUCUAGAGGAACUUUCUGACAUGUAUACACCAAACGAAGUCGUCACCGCUCUGGAGGAAUUGCCGAUCGGAAAGAAUGCGCUGUCCGAAACGUAUGGUAAAACCAUCAACAGGAUCAGAAGGCAAAAGGGGCCGCGUUUGGUCCACCUCGCGGAAAGAGUGCUCUCGCUGCUCACCAUGGCCAAGAGGCUGCUAACCAUGCGAGAACUACGUGAUGCCCUUGCCGUGAAAAUUGGUGCACCCAUGCUGGACCCAGGCGAUGUUAUUACCGAUGACGUUAUGGAGCUUAUUGUUUCGGCUUGCGCGGGGCUCGUCACAGUCAAUACCGCCGUGGGCGUCGUACAGUUGCUUCACGAUACGACAAGGGAAUAUCUCAAAACCCAUAUGUUCUGCAUUACGCCUCCGCAAGAACCUGGACAUCCGGAGGAUCCGACGGCCUUCAAUCAAGACAAGAACCGCAGUGCUGUUGAUCGGGUCCAUAGGGGUAUGGCGCUCAUUUGUGUCACGUACCUCUCCUUUGACGUCUUCCAGAGCGGGCCCUGCAAAAAGGACGAGUUCCAACAGCGGCUGAUGUCGAAUCCACUCUAUGACUACGCCGCAUGUAACUGGGGCUUUCAUGCUCACGCCCUGGAGGCUUCCCGCAGCGAGGAAACUCUUGGCUUUCUCGAAAGUCAAGCCAAGGUGGAGGCCUCGAGCCAAGCGUUACUUGCCGGUGAAAGUGGAAACUUCCCGAGCCAAGUGACAGGACUGCACCUAGCUGCCUACUUCGGAUUGCGCGAAGCUCUGAACUGCUUGCUCCGUCGCCAGCACGAAGUAGACCCGAGGGACGGCAAGAGUCGAACGCCGCUUUCCUAUGCUGCAGAGCUUGGUCAUGAGAACGUGGUCGAACGACUGCUCGAGACGGGCAAAGUCAACCCAGACUUGGAAGACAACUCCGG